AUGACCUUUGACCGCUACCUGGCUGUGGUGCACGCCAUCACCGCAGCAAAGCAGAGACGGAAGGCUUACGCCGUCAGCUCCUCCGUGGUGGUGUGGGUGGUCAGUUUGGCAUCUAGCGUGAAAGAGCUGAUCUUGCACGACACACUCACCGACAUACAAAAUGGCGAAAUGUGUGAAAACCUUGUUUAUGACCACGACACACUGACCAGGUGGCAGCUGUUUGGCUACUACCAACAGUUCUUUGUCUUCUUCCUGAUCCCUGUAGCAAUUGUGCUGUACUGCUACAUGCGUAUCACUAUGAGGGUCCUCUCCACGCGCAUGAGAGAGAAGUGCAGAGCGGUGAAGCUGAUCUUUGUCAUCGUGCUCACCUUCUUCAUCUGCUGGACCCCCUACAACAUUGUCAUCCUCCUGAAGGCGCUGGAGCAAUCUUUCAGCACAGGGUGUCCAUCAGAUACCCUCGACUACGCUCACUUUAUCACACGUAACCUGGCUUUCCUCUACUGCUGCAUCAGUCCUCUCUUCUACACUUUUGUGGGGAAGAAGUUUCAGAAUCACUUCAGGAGAAUGCUGGCCAGGCACUUCCCAGGCCUGAAGAUCACCGUCUGGGAGAGCCGGAGCAGCAGGACAACUUCACACAAGAGUCCGACCCCAGCCGAUUAA